GUUUUGUUCUGUAGUCUUGUGUCAUUUUAUUUUGUUUCGUGCAAUUUUGACAGAAACGCCAAAUCCAAAAUGUUUGAUAUGGCGAAGUUUUUGAAUUAAAGUCGAAAUGGGAGAACAUUCUCACAGUAGGUUUGAAAAAUCUUUAGGAUUACUGACAACGAAAUUUGUGGGUUUGUUAAAAAGAUCCACCGGCGGUGUUCUAGAUCUAAAAAUUGCUGCAGAUUUGUUAGCUGUAAGGCAAAAAAGGAGAAUUUAUGAUAUUACCAAUGUUUUAGAAGGUAUAGGCUUGAUUGAAAAGAAAAGUAAAAACAGUAUUCAAUGGAAGCCUUAUACUUGCAAAUGCUUACCAGGAACAAACACACAAGAGUUUACGGUUAAAAUUGCAGAUCUUAAAAAGAAAAUUAGUAAAUUAAAUGAUUAUGAACAUGAAUUAGAUUUACACAGGCUUUGGAUCGAACAAAGUAUUAGGAAUACAACAGAAGAUUUGGAAACUAGAAAGUAUUUAUAUGUGACUGAUGAAGACUUUUCUCAACGUUUCGAUAGCAAUGACAGAGUUGUUAUAGUUAAUACACCUAUUAAUAAUAGUACAGUUAAAUUUGAAAAUUCCGAAGAUUUAUUCCAAUUAACCUUUAAUUCAAGUACAACGCCAAUUUUGUCCACCUUAUUGGGAGAAAUCCCUAAAGAUGACCAUGGGAAUACUCGAAAAAGAAAAAGGGUGAUACACCUAAAACAAGAAUCAGAAGAUACACAUUCUAACCGAAUAGAAUUUAUAAACAAAGAUAGAGUUGAAGAUGACCCAGACUUAAUAGCUGCUGAAAUUUUAUUUAAAAAACACAAAGGGUCUUAUUAUGAGGGGCAGAGCAGAUUAGUGGACCAAAAUGGCAAUGAUCCGAGUUCGUUUGUCCCCCUUAGUCCUGUUCAAUUGUCCCAGGACUACAAUUUUGGAUUUUUGGACACAGAAGGUGCUACUGAUCUUUUUGAUGAAACACAUUUUUCAACUACUCUAGAAAUACCAUUGUAAAAAUAUAAAUUUAAGGGCUAGUCUUUUCACCACUAAGUAAAGUUGAAAGUAUUUACCUACUUGCUGAUUAUACUAAAGGCUAUAGUUCGCUAAUCUGCCAAUAAGUACUCAGAGGUGAAAAAAUCAUACCUAUUACAUUCAAUUUUAUUAAUUUUUUGGUGUAUAAGCAUUACAUAUAUUUGCAUAAUUACAGGCAGCAAAAUGUAUCAGUAUGUUUUACAAUUUGCAACCAAUUCUAUUAUAUACUUGUUAAUUUUUAAUAAUUUUUCAUUUUUUAUAAUUUUACUUUACCAUAAG